UUCCAUGGGGUGGAGGGAGGACUGAGUUGCUGGGCUGGGGGCGGGGAGGGACCCCCCCCCAAAGGAACCAGGCGUUGCUAAACCGGCUUCUAAAGGGGGGAAGGGGGGGGGGUGUUGCAUGCCUUUUCCCUUGGAUUGCUGCGGAGGACUCAAUAAUGUGGAUUAUAGCCAGGUUGACCUCUCGGCUAUGACUCUGCUUUCCGAUUACGUGAACGUGACGGAUCCCAACUUCAUAGUGGCUGCCCUCUCCAUCGUUUUCAACCCAUUGUUCUGGAACCUGGUCGCGAGAUGGGAGCACAGGAACCGUUCGCUCACACGCAUCUUCGGUUCGCCUUACACAGCCUGCUACUUCCUGGGAAUUGUCAUCAUCUUCCUCAACUUUCUGCGGAGUCACUGCUUCAGUGAAGCAAUGAAGAGUCAGCCCAAGCUGCCACUGCUGGAUUGUCUUUGGGGGUACUAUGCCAGUGUGACCCUCAUAGCAGUGGGCAUUCUGUUGGUGACCUCCAGUUUCAUCGCCCUGGGCUUUAUUGGGACAUUUUUAGGUGACUAUUUUGGUAUUCUCAUGGAGAAGAAGGUGACCUCCUUCCCUUUCAACGUCACAGAGAAUCCUAUGUACUGGGGCAGCACCUCCAUCUAUUUCGGAUGGUCCCUCAUGAACGCCAGCCCAGUGGGCCUCGUCCUAACCGUGGUGGUGGCUCUGUGCUACGCAGUUGCUCUGCUGUACGAAGGGCCUUUCACCGAAGAGAUCUACCGCAAAGCACCGAAGGGUGAAUAAGGCCACAGCACCAGUUGCAAAGACCUCCCCGAUGCUGGACACAAGAGAGCCAGCCUGCUGGUGGCUCCAAGAUGGGACAAUUGGAUAGGAUGAGAGAACUUCAGCCUGACUUCUGUCACGUUCCUCCAACCCCUCGACGACGAAUACACAAAACACACAAACAGCUCCCUCCUUUUUUUUUUGUUUCGGUUUGAUGGGAACGCCCAACUCCGAAAGGAAAGACUUGACAAGCGCAAGGCCAAGCCAGGCACAGCAAGGGUGCUUUCGAACGCCGUUUCCAUUAGCUACGUAAUUCUGGGAUGUUCUGAUUAUAGGCUGGAGAGCAUCAAAAAAAGGUGGCCCAGGCAGGAGCGGUUGAUGUAACUGCAACCACGUGUAGGACACGUACAAAGGGAGAGAUUGAAACAAUGAAAAAGCACGCAUACAUUCCUUGACAGGAGAACAAAGCCACGAGGGUGCAUAGGCGCUAAUGCUGCUUGCCCGUAUUUGUGGGUGGGGGGAAGGGAUUGGAUGCUUCAGUGGGGAGGCAUGGACUACCUGUGAUCGUGCAGCCUCUGUAGUCAUGCAACAGACAUGCAACUGGAUGAACUGAAUUCAUCCAUUUUCCGGAUUAGCGCCAUGCCUUAAGGUCAUCACCAAAGGGCUGAGAUUAUUCAGAUACGCAAAGCCAUAAACAAACCUUAACCAUGUUGAUCCCAAACCAAGAUUAGUGUGUUUUUAGGAAGGCUUGAUCUGAUAUCCUUUAGCAUGAGGUGUAAUUGGUGCUCUCUGAGGCUUGGUUGUUUUCUUGCCGACGUUUCAUGACCCAACUAGGCAACAUCAUCAACCUGCUAGAAGGGAAUGUAGCUUGUGGCAAAUUUUGAGCAAACGUUGCUCUUUAAAUGAAAAUGCGAAGAUUCUCUCUGGAUAACCAGUGAUGUCAGGAAGAAGAUUAAAAUCCAAGUUCUCCAGAAUUUGCUAGAAAACAGUAUUUGCAUUGUAUCUCGUCCAGCUGAAAUAGUGCACCCCUUCAAAAGCUGCACCAGAUGACUUUUUCAGUUCGGGGGUUUCAGAUACACCCCAUUUAUUGCUAUCGCUGCCUUUCCUCUAUGUGCUAUGAUGCCUUGACUUCUGAAAGCACCUUCCUGGCUUCUGGGCCUCACCACAGACUGUGUAUUUUCUCAACAAGGUUGGUGGACUUCUGCAGCCAAAGCAACUGUGAUUUAGUUUCUGUGAUGUUGCAGAGAAUGCGAGAUAUUGAGAGCAUAUCCCUACAGAUAUCCGUAAGCCCCAAAGUGUUGCUUUAGCUGCUGUGAGUUUUACUCAGAUAUGUAGGAAUAGGUCAGAUUCAGGGGUGCGGUUAGUUAAUCUCAAGUGUUCAUUUCUGGGAAAGGAACAAAAAAACAGCAGUAUUUUUCCCAUUGCUUGACUAGUGCAAGAGUUUUGUCACCCAUUUUUCACCCUCAUUCAUGAAGUUCAUCUCCCCAAACUUCCCCGGAAGCUCCAAAAACAGCCGUUCUUCGCUGAAGUGAACAUCUGAUGAACGGAUUCUCAGAUAUGUAGGCCGCUUCUGUGAUGGCCUGGAUUCGUCACCCACGAAAAGUGCUCCCUUUGUGUCUGUCUAAAGACCCUUGCACCUUCAUUUGAGCAACUGGUGGCAUCUCCGAAAUCCUUUGAAGAUCAAAGAAUGGAAAGCCAUCAGGUGAACUAAGCCCUUUCACAAGAUUUUGUCUUUGUGUCCUAGGGUGUUAUAAAUUCCUUUCUCUUUGUUCUCCGUUACUAUCCUUUUUUCCUUCUCCCAGCUAUCACAAAAACAUUGUAAAUUCCUUUCACGUCCCAUUGUUUUCCAGUUUUUUUCCAAACGAACUCCAGAUACCAACUUCUGAGAAUUAUAUAAAUUCCUUCCAUCUCCCUCUCUCCCUUAUAUCCUGUCCUAGCUAAGUUUGGCUUAUCUGGCCCAGCAGGAGCUGAAGAAGAGAUGGUUUAACCAUCAUGUUGGACUCGCUAUGAGACAAAGCACGUUAGGGCGGUACGUCACACGGAUUUUAUGUCCUUAUUUUUCACUGUGUCCAUAAUAGUUGCAACUGAAGUACCUUGCAGACAAAAUACCAUUUCAAAAUAAAUUUCAAAAGAGAAGCACCACAAUCUCCAAGAAAGUUUAUUGGUAUGCACUCCUUCUUUCCUACAUAUUGUCUGCUGCCUGUCUUACUUUCUGAUCCCUAUUAUUCAUAAUGAUCUUUCUUGCAAAGGAAUAUUUAUAUUUAGAGUCCUUU